AUGGACUCAAAAACCGCCCAGUCGGUAUUUGGAGCAGUCCCACAAUCAAAGAAAAGGACGUCAAAAGAAGGUACGCUCUUUUUUGUGCUCAAAACCGCAGUUUAUCGCAUUCAGAACUACCAGUCAACUACAAAAGCACCAAUGAAUCGUUAGUCAGGAAAAAUCUCAUGUAUAAAGUAGGUGGAGCUUUUCGUUGAUGUUUUUAUAUGGCGAAUUUUAGCAACAACUUGCUCAGUGUACAAAAAUGAUAGAGAAACUCCGCGACGAAAAUGUGGCACUGCGACAACGGUAUUUAGAAAACACUCAAGUCAUUUUUCAAAAAUAGAAUGACGAGUUUAGAAAUCAAGAGCUUGUCGAUGUGACGGACGACCAAAAGAUCGAAAUGAUUGUGGAACAAAGAGUUCAAAAUCGGUUGGCUCAUGCGGCAGUUCUCAAUCAGAAGCUCGUGCAGUUUCUGCAACAAACCGGACUGGAAAUGAACGGACUGUUCAAGGAUAUUGAAACGAAACCAAGCAAUCUGAACAAUCGGCGUCCGCCUAAACCGGAAAUAAACUUGGAUAGAGGUUAGAGGGCUCAGGGUGAUAUCAACGUUUGAGUUUUGAGUUUCAGUAGAAGAAUCUCCCAUUCGAAGAAUUGAAGAAAGCAUGGUAGACGAUAUGGAGAACGAUGAUCCUGUCGAAACGACGUCUUCACACUUAUCAUCCGCCCAAAACCUGGAGAACGGGACGCCCCGGAAAAGAAGUGAUGCGACGAGAGGGCGGAGGAGUGAGCUAUUCCAGAGCUUCAAUCGUAAGUUUAUAUUGUCUUUCCGUAUUACAUUCAAAGUUCAGCGUGUGCAGUUAACGAUAUGUAUUCCGGAGAUGCUAGUUCUUCUGGUGUCAGCUCAAAGCGUGUGCCUAUGUUGAUCGUCCCCUCUGCAACGCCUGGAAUCGCCCCGAAACGAACAGCCCCGCAAUCUGCCUCUAAAAACCGAGGUGCUUCAGUUGAGAAGUUUAAGAAGCCAUCAACUCCUGCUCGAAUUGCACGUCAAGAUGAAUCCGAACUUACAGAUACUGUAAGCCUUCAUUCCUUUCUCUUUUUGCUCAUCUCCCCAAGGUUAAGGUCCGUCGCCAACGUUCUGCCAAGAUGAACAUCAAAACUAUGAAAGAACCGAGUCUGAAUGCGAAACUGCGCCGUCCGGGAAAACACGACGAACCUAUGCCAUACAUCGACACUUUUUUCUAA